GUCUUGUGGUACCCAGAGCCUGCGCGCGCUGAGGUGUGCCCCUGCCCAGAGAGGACCUGGGACUGGGCCAUGCCAGCUCCAGACCAUCAAGGUGGGAAGAGGACCGCAUCCCAGAGCCGGUGAGCAACCCGCAGCUGUGGCCGCUACAGAGAAGUUCCGCACCCUCCAGGAGUGAAGAUGAAAGAGAUUUGCAGGAUCUGUGCCCGGGAGCUGUGUGGAAACCAGCGGCGUUGGAUCUUCCAUACCGCGUCCAAGCUCAACCUCCAGGUUCUGCUUUCGCACGUCCUAGGCAAAGAUGUCUCUCGUGAUGGGAAAGGCGAGUUUGCUUGCAGCAAGUGUGCUUUCAUGCUCGAUCGCAUCUAUCGAUUCGAUACUGUCAUUGCCAGGAUCGAAGCCCUUUCUCUUGAGCGCUUACAGAAGCUGCUUCUGGAAAAGGAUCGCCUCAAGUUCUGCAUUGCCAGUAUGUAUCGGAAGAAUAACGAUGACUCUGGCGAGGAGAACAAGGCGGGGAGUGGGACGGUAGACAUUUCCGGCUUGCCAGAUAUGAGGUACGCUGCACUGCUCCAAGAAGAUUUUGCCUAUUCAGGGUUUGAAUGUUGGGUAGAAAAUGAGGAUCAGAUUAACGACUCACACAGCUGUCAUGCUUCUGAAGGGCCCGGAAACCGACCCAGGAGAUGCCGUGGUUGUGCAGCUUUGCGGGUUGCAGAUUCCGACUAUGAAGCCAUUUGUAAGGUGCCUCGAAAAGUGGCCAGAAGUAUUUCUUAUGCCCCCUCUAGCAGGUGGUCUACCAGCAUUUGCACUGAAGAACCAGCAUUGUCAGAGGUUGGGCCACCAGACUUACCAAGCACAAAGGUACCCCCGGAUGGAGAAAGCAUGGAGGAAGGGACACCAGGUUCCUCUGUGGAAUCUCUGGAUGCUAGUGUCCAGGCUAGUCCUCCACAACAGAAAGAUGAGGAAACGGAGAGAAGUGCGAAAGAACUUGUAAAAUGUGACUACUGUUCUGAUGAACAGGCUCCACAGCAUUUGUGUAACCACAGACUGGAGCUAGCUCUUAGCAUGAUUAAAGGUCUUGAUUAUAAGCCCAUUCAGAGUCCCAGAGGGAGCAAGCUUCCUAUUCCAGUGAAAUCCAUCCUACCUGGAGCCAAGCCUGGCCAUAUCAUGACAAAUGGAGUUAGUUCCAGUUUCCUUAACAGGCCUUUGAAACCCCUUUACAGGACACCUGUGAGUUAUCCUUGGGAGAUUUCAGACCUACAGGAGCUGUGGGAUGAUCUCUGUGAUGAGUAUUUGCCGAUCGGGUUCCAGCCCGUGCUUAAAGGGUUACCCACGCAACAAAAGCCAGACUUAAAUGAGACCCCUACAACCCAACCAUCUGUGUCUGAUUCCCACCUGGCAGAACUCCAGGAAAAACUCCAGCAAACGGAGGCCACCAACAAGAUUCUUCAAGAGAAACUAAAUGACAUGAGCUGUGAGCUAAAAUCUGCACAGGAGUCAUCUCAGAAGCAAGAUACGACAAUCCAGAGCCUCAAGGAAACACUAAAAAGCAGGGAAAGUGAGACUGAGGAGCUGUACCAGGUGAUUGAAGGUCAAAAUGACACAAUGGCAAAGCUUCGAGAAAUGCUGCACCAGAGCCAGCUUGGACAGCUCCAUAGCUCAGAGGGCAUCGCCCCUGCUCAGCAACAAGUAGCCCUGCUUGAUCUGCAGAGUGCUCUAUUCUGCAGCCAGCUUGAAAUACAGAAGCUCCAGAGGCUGGUACGCCAGAAGGAACGCCAGCUGGCUGAUGGCAAGCGAUGCAUGCAGUUUGUGGAGGCUGCAGCCCAGGAGAGAGAGCAACAGAAGGAAGCUGCUUGGAAACAUAACCAGGAAUUACGAAAGGCUUUACAACAUCUCCAAGGCGAACUGCACAGUAAGAGCCAACAGCUUCACAUUCUGGAGGCGGAAAAAUAUAAUGAGAUUCGAACCCAGGGACAAAACAUUCAACACCUAAGUCACAGUCUGAGUCACAAAGAACAGCUAAUUCAGGAACUUCAGGAGCUCCUACAGUAUCGGGAUAACACAGACAAAACUCUAGACACGAAUGAGGUGUUUCUUGAGAAAUUGCGGCAACGAAUACAAGACCGAGCUGUUGCUCUAGAGCACGUUAUAGAUGAAAAGUUCUCUGCUCUAGAAGAAAAGGACAAGGAGCUGCGGCAGCUUCGCCUUGCGGUGAGAGACCGAGACCAUGACUUAGAGAGACUGCGUUGUGUCCUGUCCGCCAAUGAAGCGACCAUGCAAAGUACAGAGAGUCUCCUGAGGGCCAGAGGCCUGGAAGUGGAGCAGUUAACUGCCACCUGCCAAAACCUCCAGUGGCUGAAAGAAGAACUGGAAACCAAAUUUGGCCAUUGGCAGAAGGAACAGGAGAACAUCAUUCAGCAGUUGCAGACAUCUUUGCACGACAGGAACAAAGAAGUAGAGGAUCUCAGUGCAACUUUGCUCUGUAAACUUGGACCCGGUCAGAGUGAAGUAGCUGAGGAACUGUGCCAGCGCCUGCAGCGAAAGGAAAGGAUGCUGCAGGACCUUCUGAGUGACCGGCACAAACAGGCCAUGGAGCAUGAGAUGGAGAUCCAGGGGCUGCUCCAGUCGAUGGGCACCAGGGAGCAGGAAAGACAGGCUGCUGCAGAAAAAAUGGUACAAGCCUUCAUGGAAAGAAACUCAGAAUUGCAGGCCCUGCGCCAGUAUUUAGGAGGCAAAGAAUUAAUGGCAUCAUCUCAGGGGUUCAUCUCUAACCAGCCAGCUGGAGUGACUUCCAUCGGCCCCCACCAUGGAGAGCAAAUUGAUCAAGGUUCUCUGCAGAUGCCCUCUCGAGAUGAUAGCACUUCACUGACUGCCAGAGAGGAGGCAAGCAUACCCCGGUCCACAUUAGGAGACUCGGACACAGUUGCAGGGCUGGAGAAAGAACUGAGCAAUGCCAAGGAGGAGCUGGAGCUCAUGGCCAAAAAAGAAAGAGAAAGCCAGAUAGAACUGUCUGCCCUGCAGUCCAUGAUGGCUGUGCAAGAGGAGGAGCUGCAGGUGCAGGCCGCUGACCUGGAGUCCCUGACCAGGAACAUACAGAUAAAAGAAGACCUCAUAAAGGACCUGCAAAUGCAACUGGUUGACCCUGAAGAUAUACCAGCCAUGGAGCGCCUGACCCAAGAAGUCUUACUUCUUCGGGAAAAAGUUGCUUCAGUGGAAUCCCAGGGUCAGGAAGUAUCAGGGAACAAGAGACAGCAGCUGCUGCUGAUGUUGGAAGGACUAGUGGAUGCACGGAGCCGGCUCAACGAGGCCCUGCAAGCUGAGAGGCAGCUCUACAGCAGCCUGGUCAAGUUCCAUGCCCAGCCGGAGAACUCUGAGAGAGACCGAACUCUGCAGGUGGAACUGGAAGGGGCCCAGAUGUUACGCAGUCGGCUAGAAGAAGUUCUUGGAAAAAGCCUGGAGCGCUUGAACAGGCUGGAGACGCUGGCCGCCAUUGGAGGUGCUACUGCAGGCGAUGAGACUGAAGAUACGAGCACGGAGUUCACAGACAGCAUUGAGGAGGAGGCUGCACACAACAGCCACCAGCAACUCAUCAAGGUGGCAUUGGAGAAAAGCCUGGUGACCAUGGAGACCCAGAACAUAUGUCUUCAGCCCUCUUCCCCAGUAGGAGAAGACAGUAACAGGUGCCUUCAGGAGGAAAUGCUCCACCUGAGGGCUGAAAUCCACCAGCACUUAGAGGAGAAGAGAAAAGCUGAGGCGGAACUCAAGGAGCUAAAGGCUCAAAUUGAGGAAGCAGGAUUCUCCUCUGUGUCCCAUAUCAGGAACACCAUGCUGAGCCUUUGCCUUGAGAAUGCAGAGCUGAAAGAGCAGAUGGGAGAAGCAAUGUCUGAUGGAUGGGAGGUCGAGGAAGACAAGGAGAAGGGCAAGGUGAUGGUGGAGACUGUGGUCACCAAAGGGGGUCUGAAUGACAACAGCCUUCAGGCCGAGUUUAGGAAAGUCCAGGGGAAACUCAAGAGUGCCUACAACAUCAUCAACCUCCUCAAAGAACAGCUGGUCCUGAGCAGCUCAGAAGGGAACACUAAAGAGAUGCCAGAGCUCCUCGUGCGCCUGGCCAGGGAGGUGGACAGAAUGAACACAGGCCUGCCCUCCUCGGGGAAGCAUCAGCACCAAGAGCAGGAGAAUCCAACCGCAAGGCCUAGCCCUAGACCUCAGAGCCUCACGCUUGGGGCAGCCGUCUCAGUGGAUGGCUACCAACUGGAGAACAAGUCCCAGGCCUCAGACUCUGGACCUCAGCUAGAAUUUAGCCUCCCGGGCUCCACCAAACACCUGCGCUCCCAGCUGGCUCAGUGCAGACAACGGUACCAAGAUCUCCAGGAGAAGUUGCUCAUCUCAGAAGCCACCGUAUUUGCCCAGGCAAACCAGCUGGAGAAGUAUAGGGCCGUAUUGAGUGAAUCCCUGGUGAAACAGGACAGCAAGCAGAUCCAGGUGGACCUCCAAGACCUGGGCUACGAGACUUGCGGUCGAAGCGAGAAUGAGGCUGACCGUGAGGAGACCACCAGCCCCGAGUGUGAGGAGCACAAUAACCUGAGGCCCAUGCUCCUGGAGGGGCUGUGCUCUGAGCAGGGGUACCCGGACCCUGUCUUGGUCAGCCCACCUGUGAAGAAGCCCUUGAAGAACAAGCUGGGGGAGCAAGAGGAGUUCCAGGCCCAAGGAACUCCAGACAACAGUUCUCUCCUGAGGAAGGACAUCCGAGAUCUGAAAGCCCAGCUACAGAAUGCCAACAAGGUCAUUCAGAACCUGAGGAGCAGGGUCCGGUCCCUGUCUGCCACAAGCGAUUACUCAUCGAGUCUAGAGAGACCCCGCAAGCUGAGAGCUGUGGCAACCCUUGAGGGAGCUUCCCCCCACAGCGUCACUGAUGAAGAUGAGGAGUGGCUGUCGGAUGGCACCGGGGCUUUUUACCCUCCAGGGCUCCAGGCCAAAAAGGAUCUAGAGAAUCUCAUCCAGAGAGUAUCCCAGCUGGAGGCCCAGCUCCCCAAAACGGGACUAGAGGGGAAGCUGGCGGAGGAGCUGAGGUCUGCCUCGUGGCCUGGAAAAUAUGAUUCCUUGAUUCAGGAUCAAGCCCGAGAACUGUCAUAUCUGCGUCAAAAAAUACGAGAAGGGCGAGGGAUAUGUUACCUUCUCACCCAACAUGCAAAAGACACUGUAAAAUCCUUUGAGGACCUCCUAAGGAGCACCGACAUUGACUACUACCUGGGCCAGAGCUUCCGGGAGCAACUAGCCCAGGGAGGUCAGCUGAUAGAGAGGCUCACCAGCAAACUCAGCACAAAGGAUCAUAAGAGUGAAAAAGAAGAAGCUGGGCUUGAGCCGCUGGCCCUCAGGCUCAGCAGGGAACUACAGGAGAAGGAGAAAGUGAUUGAAGUUCUGCAGGCCAAGCUAGAUACCCGGUCUCUCUCACCUCCCAGCAGCCAUGCCGUGUCUGACUCCCACCGCUCUGCCAGCAGCACAUCCUUCCUGUCAGAUGACAUCGAAGCCUGCUCUGACAUGGAUGUAGCCAGCGAGUACACACACUAUGAAGAGAAGAAAUCCUCACCCAGUCACUCAGACUCCAUCCAUCUUCCGAGUCAUUCUACUGUGUUGUCUUCUAACCCAUCAGCAGCCACUGCAUCUCAGGGGCUUAAGGGCGAGUCCAGCAGCAGCCCCAUCAGCUUGCCAACUCCCCAGAAUCCCCCUAAGGAGGCCAGCCAGGCCCAUCCAGGCUUUCACUUUAACUCCAUACCCAAGCCGGCUAGCCUUUCCCAGGCACCAAUGCACUCCACUCUGGCCAGCUUCGUGCCUUUCAGCCCCUCUGGGCCUCCCCUUCUUGGUUGCUGUGAGACACCGGUGGUGUCCUUGGCUGAGGCUCAACAAGAGCUGCAGAUGCUGCAGAAGCAGCUUGGAGAAAGUGUUAGCACUGCCCCUCCCGCCUCCACAUCCACGCUGCUCAGCAACCAUACAGAAGCUAGCUCUCCUCACUACGUCAACCCUGCUCAGCCCCACUCUCCAACAAGGGCCACCAUAGAGCUGAGCAGAAUCCUGGAGCCUGGAUACCUGGGUAGCAGUGGCCAGUGGGACAUGAUGAGGCCUCAGAAAGGGAGUGUCUCUGGGGAGCUGUCCUCAGGCUCCUCGAUGUACCAGCUUAACUCCAAACCCACAGGAGCCGACCUGUUGGAAGAGCACUUAGGUGAGAUCCGGAACCUGCGCCAGCGCCUGGAGGAGUCCAUAUGUGUCAAUGACCGGCUUCGGGAGCAGCUGCAGCACAGGCUCAGCUCCACUGCCCGAGAAAACGGGUCCACCUCUCACGUCUACGGUCAGGGACUGGAGUCCAUGUCUCAGCUCUACGGUGAGAACAGAGCCCUAAGGGAAGAAAACCAAAGCCUGCAGACACGGCUAAGUCAUGCUUCCAGAGGCCUUGACAUAAAUACCCCUGUGUCCUGCUCAUCAGGACACUCCCAGGAAAUGGACCACCUUCGGGAAGCUCUACUCUCCUCAAGAUCCCAGCUUCAAGAGCUAGAGAAGGAGCUGGAACAGCAGAAGGCUGAGAGGCAGCAGCUUCUGGAAGACUUGCAAGAGAAGCAGGCUGAGAUCGUGCAUUUCCGAGAGGAGAGGCUGUCCCUCCAGGAAAACAACUCCAGGCUGCAGCAGAAGCUGGCCCUCCUGCAACAACAGUGCGAAGAGAAACAGCAGCUCUCCCUGUCCCUGCAGUCAGAGCUCCAGAUCUAUGAGUCCCUCUGUGAAAAUCCUAAGAAGGGCUUAAAAGCUUUCAGCCUAGAUUCCUGUCAUCAAGUCCCGGGUGAGUUAAGCUGCCUGGUGGCAGAGAUUCGAGCUCUGAGAGGGCAGCUGGAGCAGAGCAUUCAAGUGAACAACCGUCUGCGGCUGCAGCUGGAACAGCAGAUGGAUCGUGGGGCUGGCCCAGCCAGCAUCAGCCUCUCCCCUGUUGGCCAGAGCUUCUCAGCCAAGGUGGAGCCCACAGACCCACAGCCACUCUUCCAAGGUCCAGCUGCUUCCCCUCCGGUCCGGGAUGUUGGCUUGAAUUCUCCAGCCAUGGUCCUCCCCAGCUCUUCUUGCUCCGUUCCCAGCUCAGACCCUGCCAUCAUCAUCAGGACAGAUGAGCUAGGUUCAGAUGAACCUGCAGUGAUGAAGAACCCUCCCAAGCUGGCAGAUGAUGCUACUGAUGGCCCAUUUGCCAACAAACAUGGCAGAUAUGUCAUCGGCCAUGUUGAUGACUACGAUGCUCUACAACAGCAGAUUGGGGAAGGCAAGCUUCUGGUCCAAAAGAUACUGUCUCUCAUGAGGCCAGCGUGCAGCAUCUCUGGACGAGAAGCUCAGAGCACAGAGGUACCAGGUAACACAAGUGUCUAUGAGCUCCAGAGCAGCUCCAGGGCUCUGAGCCACACCCUGGAAGAGUCAGCAUCCCUCCUCACCAUGUUCUGGAAAGCAGCCUUGCCAAACUCGCAUGGUCCUCUACUGGUAGGCAAAGGGGGACAACUGAUGGAGAAAGAACUCCUGGACCUGCGAACUCAAGUAUCCCAGCAGGAGCAGCUCCUUCAGAGCACUGCUGCGCGCCUGAAGAGGGCCAACCAGAGGAAGAAAAGCAUGGAGCAGUUCAUCGUGAGCCAUCUGACCAAGACCCAUGAUGUCUUGAAGAAAGCACGGAGUAAUUUAGAGAUGAAAUCCUUCAGGGCUCUGAUGUGCACUCCAGCCUUGUGACCCUUGCCUUCCAGGAGCCACGCAAGAGGCAGAGCCAGAGGUCCUUAAAGGAACAGGAAGGGUGGGCCUGCCCACCUCUUGUGCAGCUGCCUGUCUGCUGAGGAAUGCCUGGUCCCACCCCUCCCCUGCUGGAGGUCCACAUGGGACAGGCAGGAAAGAAAGUGGCAUCCUGGCAAGCAUGAAUACAGUUAGCCAAGGCCCACCGGGCCCAGCACUGAGCAAAACUCAUGUAGACUGUGUAGAAGGCCCCUGGCACUGCUUCUAGACAGCCUCAGCGGCAUGGUGCCCACCUCAGCAUCUGUCCUCAAGAUAGCCAACUCAGGGGAACCAGGACCUCACCGCCUACAAACAGGAUGUGUGGUCCCAACACCAAUGCUCCUCAGACAGUUGUAAAAGCACACACCAAUGAGUGGCAGUGCCCUGCCGGACAUUGUUGGGGCUCACCAAGCUCCCCUCACAGGCCCAUUCUUGAGCUAGGCCAGCCCUAUGGGCCAAGCCCACUAGUCUGUUGGUCUCUACCAGCACACCAGAGGUCUCUGAGUCUACACAGUGAACGUGGUAACUUUUAGGUGUCCUGCGCUUAGCCUAGCACCUUCUGUUUCUUACAAAAUCUCAAGUUGAACCGACUUCCUUAACUCUGUUGUCCCCUGUAAUCCUAACUUCCCUCAGGGGAACUGGGGACUGGUGGCUACAUCAUGCCUACUGUAUGUCUAGCGUACAGCACACUAGUGCCUCUUUUAAUGGCAUGGGCCAGGCCUGAUAUGUACUGAAGACUCUGUCUCCACAGUGCUCAUAGGAUGUGGGUGUGUGUAUAAAUGUACAAUAUAGAUUUAUAUAUAUUGCUAUGGCUAUGUGUUGAAGGCCAACAUGAUGUGCAGACUGGUGGGUGGGAAGAUGCUAAGCAGUCUUUCUGAUGGCUAUUAAAGCAAACUGUGUAUAAAGAAA